UCCGUUGUCAAACGAAACCGAGCCUGCGGACCGCGUGUCCGCGCCGAUCCCGUGACCCUCUUCCACGCCUACAAACGUCAGUGGCGCAACACUCUGGUGCCCGGCGAGAACGAUCGUCGUUCCCUGCGUUGGUCCGUGAAGGCUGCCAUGAUGAUACGCGAGAUCCCUGUGCUGCCCAGCUCCGGUCGUUCCGUCAGGUCGCAGUUUCAUGUGUACCCCGGCAGUCCACGAAAGCGCCUUUCCUCCUCUGCUACUCGCCAUGAAUACCGCCUUCCGGUUCGUCUGUGCGACUUCUGA